UAGGCGGUUCCGCUGUGACCCAACAGCACCAAUAGCAUCACACGGAGUUGAGGAGAAUGACGCGCGCGGACUCCUCAAGAGGAGCAGGGCUCGUGAACGCGAUCAGUGAGAGAAGAGCUCGCGCCGGUCCCGGUCACAGCUCACGCGCGCGGCCCCUGGAUUACCGGAGGACCUCACGGUUUCAUUCUGUUUCUCUCCGAACAACCGAAGAAACAGGCGUCGUUUCUCUGCUUACUCUACACGUAUACAAAAAGAAAAGGCAGUUUACUUUUAGUUUCUAUCUCGUCACGGUCCGUGUGCAGCUGAAGUCUGGAUCCGCUUCUUCACUUCUUCUGGACUUCGCAACAGGUCCGAGAUCAGCUGAGUCGAGAUGCUGGACGGAAUCAAGAUUGAAGAUCAGUUCAGGACUGGAGCCGAGUCUCUGGCACUGAUGCUCGGUUCAGACUGCGCGCAUCCGAGUGUGUGUGAAGGAUGUCACAGACCCAUCUCUGACCGCUUCCUCCUGCGCGUGAACGACUGCUCGUGGCACGAGGAGUGUGUGCAGUGCUCGGUGUGUCAGCAGCCUCUCACCAUGAGCUGCUACUCCAGAGACCAGAAACUCUACUGCAAACACGACUACCAACAGUUGUUCGCGACCAAAUGCAGCGGCUGUCUGGAGAAGAUCGCUCCCACUGAGUUUGUGAUGCGCGCACUGGAGAGUGUGUAUCAUCUGAACUGCUUCUGCUGCUGUGUGUGUGAGCGGCAGCUGUGUAAAGGAGACGAGUUCGUCCUGAAGGAGGGACAGCUGCUGUGUAAGAGCGACUACGAGAGAGAGAAGGACUUGCUGCGCUCCGUCAGCCCGGAGAUGUCCGACUCCGAUAAGAGUGAGGAUGAAGAGGUGGAUGUGAAGCAGGAGAAAGGAGCAGGAGGACAGGGUAAAGGCAGCGAUGAUGGCAAAGACCCGCGCAGACCCAAAAGACCUCGCACUAUCCUCACCACACAGCAGCGGCGCGCUUUCAAGGCCUCCUUCGAGGUCUCCUCCAAACCAUGCAGAAAGGUCCGAGAGACUCUGGCUGCUGAGACCGGUCUGAGCGUUCGAGUCGUCCAGGUGUGGUUUCAGAACCAAAGAGCAAAGAUGAAGAAGUUAGCGCGCCGACAACAGCAGCAACAAGAGCAGCAAAACUCUCAGAGAAUCGGACAAGAUGUGAUCUCAAGCCGAAUGGAGAAUCUGAUGAACUCGUAUACGCCACUGGCUCCGCCUCCACAACAUCAGUUAGUGUCCAUGGAGGCGAACGGAUACAGCACAGACCCGUUCCAGCAAGGGCUCACUCCUCCACAGAUGCCCGGAGAUCACAUGAACCCAUACGGAAACGACUCGAUUUUCCACGACAUCGACAGUGACACGUCUCUGACCAGCCUGAGCGACUGCUUUCUGGCCGCGUCAGACGCCGGGUCCCUUCAGACCCGCGUGGGAAACCCCAUCGACCGCCUGUACUCCAUGCAGAGCUCAUACUUCGCCUCCUGAAACCAGAUCACACUGAGACUAAACACACACACACACACACACACUCCAGUCUCACGUACACCAACAAACCUUCGCUGUACUGCCAACUCCAAGACCAGAAAACACAACGAAACGGCUCACACUACAGAUGAAACCUGAUCUUGGUUUUGUUGGAAACAUGCUGAGGACGUCUUGAAUCUAUCCAGGUUCAAAGCUGAGC